UUUCUUUGGUUGAUUUCUGGGUCUGGUUUUGGGAGUCUCCAUCUGGGUUUUCAAGAGCAAUAGAGGGAGAUUUCGUGGAGAAGAAGGGGAGGUGGCCGACGGCUGAAAAGGAAGCUUAUUUCUCUGUGUCUAUUUCCUGCUUAGGUAAUUCCCUAAACGGAGGAAUUUUUGGGAAGGAUGGUGAGGGAGACGAAUGGAGCUUGAUCCCAUGGGUGGGAUGCCUCCUUCGGAUCUGGAUUUGUCAUCUCCCAGAAAAUUUCUACCUUGUUUGUUUCAAUUUGUCUUAGAUUUCAAUGUAUUAGGACUGUAUUUGAUGAUGACAUUGUGAAUGAAAAAAAAAAAAUCAAACAUGUUCUGAUUGAAUUUCAUGAAUUUGAGUUGAAGUAAGAUCAUGCAUUAGACAUGGAUUUUACUAAGGAUACAACUAGACAAGGGAAGAGACUUGGUGAAGAUGUCACAUCUCAUUCAAUUGCUAAGAGAGCUAGGGAGUCAAUCUUUUUAAUCAAUACCUCUAAACCCGACUUGAAGUUGUUGAAAGAGGCUUAUGGCUUGUUGUCCUCUAAGGAGAAGUAUGACUCUAAGGUUCGAUUUUGGUGCAUUGGGGAUUUAUUGUUAGUGGUGCCAGAUUGGGAUUUGUUUAGAGCCAUGUUGAAAUUCUAUGUGCCUAAAUGUCAAGCUAUUGUAUUCCCACAUUUUGAGUUAGUGCCCACCCUUGAUGAGUUUCAUCACUUCCUGCAGUGUAGUCCUGCGAUGGAUUCUUGUGCCUUUACUCCUCAAGUAAAAAUUCUUCUAAUCAUAGCUCCAAGGCGAAAAGUCUUCAAGAAGCAACAUUCUCCGUAUUCACUCAAAUCUAAAGUAAUCAAAAUGUUUAAGGAAAAUAUUGUUACCAAUCCAAAGAAAUCAGCUGUGGAUGAGAGGGUUGAUAAGUUGGAAGCUACAAUGCAAACUAUGACUGCUACUCUUCAGAUUGUAAGUCUCACUUUAUCCACUUUGACUACUAGUUCGGUUCCCUCACCUGCAUCCUUAGUGCCCACAACAUCAGCUCCACCUGUCAUUAUUCCAUUGUCUACCAUCACACUGGGUAAUCAUGCUAAGGAUCCAAUGGUCACACAAUUGCAAUUUCCACCUAUUUAUAAGAAUCAGCCUCUAAUGGGGGAGUCAUCUUCACAUGCUCCACAAAUAUCAUCUCUGCCCUCUGAAGCCUCAUACCCACCACUCAAGAUGAACAACCCUACCUUGCUCACAACCAUACCUCUUACCCUUAACAUACCACCUUUGAUAGGACAAGUGCCAGCUAUUCAACCCAACCCCUCAAUUGACAUAUUGAGUCCUGCUUUGGAGGAUGGGAAGUCAAGAAAGGAUGUCCUUAUGCCAAUGAUGUAUGCUAGGAAGAUGGCACCUUAUGCCAAUGAUGAGAGGGUACUUGUUCAUUAUUUUCAAGACAGUCUCUCAGGCCCAGCAAGUGUUUGGUUUUUAACACUUGACAAGAAAAACAUAUGUUCUUUCAAAGAUGUUUCUCAAGCUUUCAUGAGGCAAUAUGAGUACAAUAUCAACUUCGCCCCUACAAGGGAUAGCUUGCAAAGAAUUACUAAGAAGAGUAAUGAGACCUUCAAGGAAUUUUCUCAAUGGUGGAGAUCCGAAGCAGCUAAGCUGGCAAGGAAACCCAGCCAAGCCAACAGCCUUCCCUUUGAAAGACCGGUAAGGCUUCUUGAAAUUUUCCCUCCUUUCUUGCUCAAGAACCAAGUUUCAAGCUUAGAACUCUCUCUCUCAACCUAGAAAUUCCAGAUCUACUCUGCGUCUUCCUCCCUCUACCGUCUGUGAGCUGCAGCUUGUGCGAAUUCUGGGCAAUUUCUGAUCCCGAAUUUCUCCCUAAAUUGCCGCCGGCUUUCCCUUAGCUUGCAGCUCCGGUUUGCUUGCUGAAAUUCUGACUUGUUACUUAAAUAGAGUUUUUGUAUGCUCUUUUGCCACAAUUGUAAAAUCUGGGGAGUUGCAGAGAUCUUUUGUUAUUGAUCUUGUUGGUCUCUACAGCAUAGUUGGUUGAGAAAUUUAUUUUGUUUGUCACAUGACCAGUGGAAGAUGAGCAAUCCUCUACUUUAUAAGAGAUUCAAGGCCAUUUAGCAAAUGUUGUGUGUUUUCUAGAUGCGUUUUAGGAGUUGGAUUAACUUGGUAAUUCCGCUGCUCAUUAUCUUUUUGAGAGUCUUAUAGUGAAGUUCAUUUUUCCAUUUGGAGCUUCAUGGUCUUUUCAUGUGGCUCAUUUUUCUAUAUUGGUUAAUCAAAAACAAUGAUCAAU